AUGGUGAUGUUGGUGCUGGUGAUGGUGGUGCUGAUGGUGGUGGUGGUGCUGCUGGUGCUGCUGAUGAUGGUGGUGGUGGUGCUGCUGCUGCUGUUGCUGGUGAUGAUGAUGGUGGUGCUGAUGGUGGUGGUGGCGGGGGUGGUGGUGGUGCUGCUGCUGCUGAUGGUGUUGCUGCUGCUACUUGUGUGUAGCGACGAGGAGUCCGUCAGCAGCAGCAGCAGCAGCGAGUCUGAGUCUGCUUCUUCUUUUUACGAUAAAAAGAAGAGACAGGAAAGAAAGAGAUUAAGAUUUUUAGAGAGCAGCACGCAUGCAGCAAGACAAGCCCUAGACAAGCUUGCUGCUGCUGCUGCAGCAGGGGUCACACUCAAACAGCUGCUGCAGCCUGAAACACCAAUGGCAGCAGCAGCAGCAGCAGCAGCAGGAGGAGAAGGAGCAGCAGCAGCAGCAGGAGCAGCUAUUUAUGAUGCAGACAGCAGCAGCAGCGAGGAAGACACGCAGCAGCAAAGACAGCAGCAAAAAAAAUAUACUGCUGCAGCAGCAGCAGCAGAAGCAGCAGCAAUUGAUCCCCUCGGUAAACUGCUGCUGGAGCUAGAUGAGGAAGCAGAAUCAGAGGCAGACCAAAGCAGCAGCAGCAGCAGCAGCAGCAGCAACAGCAGCAGCAGCAGCAGCAGCAGCAGCAAGACAGCAGCACGAUCGCUGCUGCAGGAGAGGAAGCAAAAGCUGCUGUCUCUCCGCCUGCAGCUCAAUCAGGGAAGAGCACUCAACUCUAAAGAGGUAAUACAGCAACAGCAGCAGCAGCAGCAGCGGCAGCAGCAGCAGCAGCAGCAGUAG